GUUUUCGAGAACAAACAUCCAUUUCGGGAACACAGUCUCUACGCACUUGCUGGACAAAUUAACGUGCUACAAGCUAAACAGACGAAAUAAAUCUACUAAAAAUGGCUAGCGGUGAAGAUCCGGAGCAACCGAGGCAGCCUCGCAACAUGCAGGGUUUGCUGAAAUUCGCGAUGGAAGCUACCAAAAGUGAGGAUGCACCAAAUCCGGCACAGCUGCAACCGAUGGACGAAGAAAGAAGACGAUUUCUGGAGGAAGCACUCAAGUCCCUUACCGUCAAUGUUAUUGAGGAGCUUGAGAAAGCGAUGAACGUGCUGCUGGACAACGAAUCCAACGAAGAUGCAAAAACCGAAGCGAUCGAAACCGUAAUUGAUUACGUGCAGGAUAUGGACACAGCGAACGAUUUCCUAAAAGUCGGUGGAUCGGCUAUUAUAGAGCCGGGUCUGGAAUCGCCGAGCUCGCGGGUACGUUCUGGGACGCUGCGGCUAAUAGGAGAACUGACACAGAACAGCCCAUUCGGUCAGAAGCACCUGCUCGAACUUAACAUCCUAGAAAAACUGACCCAGCUGCUUGGGUGCGAACCGUCGGUAUCGCAGCAAGCCAUGCACGCUAUCUCCUGCAUGGUACGGCACUACGAACCAUGUCUGACAGCUUUCAUCGAAAUCGGUGGCCUCGAGUGUAUUCUCGCCUGCAUACAGACGGAUGACGAAAAGUUGCGUAUCAGAGCGUCAUUUCUCAUUGCCAACCUGUGCACGGAGCACGAACCGUUGAUUGAAGAAUUUGUAAAACUGAAUGCGGUCGAACGUGUAAUGGCUGGACUGCAACCGGCGCGGAGUUACGACGCCAAGCUCGAAACGGCCCUAUCCACGCUGAAUCUGCUGACGGAAAGUAAGGAGGGCAUCCGGCGGUGUCGCGCUUCCGAUACCUUCAAACAGAAGCUGGAGACGAUCGUGAAGCUUAACGAGGGGAAAAAAGAAUGUCAGGAACAACUCGAAUACGCUCAGUCUCUCCUGAAGCGGUGUUAUUCCGGUGAGCAGGAAGGCGCUGACCGAUAGACUGCACAACGGCACAGCGAGAGGUUUUUUUUUUCAUUCUGUUUAAUAUUUGUACGACUCACAUUCAGGUGAAUAAAUUCACGUUAAAUCAGUGCGGCA